AUGUGCUGCGACGUGACGAAGGAUUUCAAACGGGAUCAGAGAAAAGUCUGGAUCGCUUCGGGCAACUAUGCCACUUCUCCUCUUGGUCGACUUUUUCAGCUUGUCAAUGGACACAUCGUGAGUGAAAAAACACUUGCCCUCCUGGAAAAAACCAGUAGUUACCGGAAUCGAUCAUGUUCUGAACUGCAAAACUGUCAAAGGGCACGGAAAGGUCUCAUCAAGGGACAUUCCGGAUUAUGGAGGCCAGCAAGUAAUGCAGAACUUCCUCGAUGGUUGGGAGCCAGAACUAGUCAUAUUCGCAGUGUUCUUGACACGAUUACAGUAGCGUUCUCGACAAAAAAAGCGGUUUCAACCGUAAGCAUAGCAAUGCUUGCCGAUCGAGGACGUCCAAAGUAUGAUGAUCUUGUGUCGAAACAUUAG